CGGUGUGGUAAACUAGUGGAUUGUGGUGAUUUUAUGGCCUAGGGAAUUUAAGCGGAUGAGAAUUCAUCAUCAACAAACUUGUCGAAUGAAUUUUUAACGAGUGUUUCUUUCGCUAGGACCUUCUUUUCCGGUUGUACUGUAGCGUGCGUAAGCUACAGGAUGAAGCAGAUCGUUACGAACCAAACGGUCAAGAUCCCGGAGGGACUUACCGUAUCGGUAAAGUCCCGAACGAUCACGGUCAAAGGACCCCGAGGAGUUUUGAAACGAUCCUUCAAGCAUCUCGCCCUUGACAUUCGUAUGGUCAAUUCGAGGACGCUCAAAGUUGAGAAAUGGUUCGGGACAAAGAAGGAACUGGCAGCGGUGCGUACCGUCUGCUCCCACAUUGAGAAUAUGCUCAAGGGAGUGACAAAAGGUUACUUGUACAAAAUGCGAGCGGUGUAUGCCCAUUUUCCCAUCAACUGUGUCACAACGGAGAACAACAGCGUCAUUGAAAUUCGUAAUUUCUUGGGAGAAAAGUUUAUUCGUCGUGUUAAAAUGGCACCGGGUGUAACCGUUACAAACUCGACUAAACAAAAGGACGAACUCAUUUUGGAGGGUAACUCCCUAGAAGAUGUGUCUAGAUCAGCUGCCCUCAUCCAACAAUCUACCACAGUCAAGAACAAGGACAUAAGAAAGUUCUUGGACGGCCUGUACGUAUCUGAGAAAACUACUGUUGUACAAGACGACGAAUAAAUAUCUCUGAAUCCGUUCUA